GUGACUCUUUUCCUCGCCGCUUGGAAGCAGCAGUGUGUGCCUUAUUACAAUGUACCAACGAAGAAGAAUAUAGUUGUAUGAUGGCGGUUGAUUUGACUCCACGGUUUCGAAGGUUGAAUAGUCAAACGAGAAGUCUCAGAGAAAAUACCCCGAAUGAUUUCUCAAGGCCUUUCGGUGCGACACAGCUUUGGCAGAACAUCAUCCAUGCCCUGCGGACUCAGGUGGAGGUGUGUCGCCUCAGGAAACACCUCCGUGUUCACACCGAAUGCUUCACUGGGUCGGACGCCGUGGAUGCAGUUCUCAGCUACCUGAUGCAGAACGUGGUGUUCUGCACCAGCGAGGUGUCGCGCCUCAAAGCUGCUCGGCUCUGCCAGGCUCUGAUGGAGGCCAAGGUGUUUGAGUCGGUGGGCACAAAGCUUUUUCGCAGAGACAAAGAGGCGAAUUUUGAGGACAGUAGCGGCAGUCUUUAUCGUUUUAUGGAACAGAAGACCAUAAAUGGUCCUGCCAUCAAGGAGGACAGCAGGGAUGCAGAAAAUAUUCUGCUAAAUGAACAUGAGACAAAGAGGAAGAAGAUCUCAAGGCUUAAUGAAAUGAGGACCUUCUCCAACCCUCUUGCCGUCGAACCAUCAGACAGGAGAGUCGAGCGGCUUUUCCGGACCAUCAACCUGCAAACGUCCUUCUCCCCUGUUAGGAACAGAGCAGCCUCCGCUUCCAGCUUCCUGUCUAAAGCUGUGGUGGAUGAGGUUUGGAAGCAGCAGACCCUCCUGCAGCUGCUGCUGAUCAUAGAGCUGCCAGUGUUGGACUGCAUACUCACCUCUCCUGAAAGGCUUCGUUCUAGAACCUGCAGGGCUCCUCUGGCCAACUGCGACCUGGUUAUCUCUAACACCUGUCUGGAAAGAGACCUUCCUGAUUCACUCAGCCUCCUUCAAAUGGAUUCAUGGCUUACAGCGGCAGCAGACUGCCUUGAGCUGUUUCCAGAUCAGCUGAUUAUGGUCACAGGGGAAAAUCUCAGCCAACAAAGUGGUGACAGUGCAGAGCAGAAGAGACUCCUCUUUGACACCAUUUCCAAGUAUUACAACGGACAGGAAAAAGCGCCACUAAUAUCAGGACGCUACCUGGAUAUACAUGUCGCAAUUCUGCAUUUAUUGGAUGAUGGGAAGACGCGGGAAGCCGUCAGAGCGUCUCAGCUGUGUUUGCGGCUGCUGGAGACGAGUGUGAGGGAUGAACUGAGGAGACUCCUGGCCUUCAUGGCUGCUGCUGCUCAGUCGGAGGCUUGUCGGCUGCAGAAGCAGGUUGACAACAGGACUUUUGUCUGCCGCACUUUUCAGAGAGCUCUUGUUCAGAGCCAUGAACUCACUCGACCUCAGAGCGAAACCCUGGUACUGUUUCUCAUGGACCAUCAUGCUGAACUCUUUAAGACUCCUGCAGCACUUAUUGAAGCGGUGAGAAGAGCAUUAAGGACCUUGCAGCAGGGGAAGGACCCAGAUUCAGUUGCUACCUUUACUUUCUGCCAAAGGGUAACCCGGCAGGAGUACGAAGAUCAGCGGGAAGCCAGCACUCUUGAAAGUCUCAAACAGCUCCUCUGUCACAUUUCAUCCAACACGAGCAUGGCUGCAAAGGAGAAGAGGAAGCUGCUCAAGGAGUUUGAAAAGCAUCACCCAGUGGUCUUCCUCCAGCAUUUUUCUUACUCUUUCUAAAUCAAAUGCUGUCAAAAUGUUAUUUGAUAUGUGAAGAAAAUUGAAUAAUUUUAACCAAAAUUUGCAAAUCAAAGUAAAAAAAAAAAGACAUUUAAUUAUCCUAAAUCAAAUUAAUGUUGAGACUUGUUGCUUUGUGUUUGAGUUGUUUUAGGAAAGCAUAUAAUGAAACGAAAAUGGAUAAAAGUAGGAACUUUUGUUAUUUGAAACUUGAUUACGAUAAACCCCGCUUGAUGUUUUAAUUUAACAUUCUUCCUGUGCAGUGUUAUAACACAUUUAUAUGUAAAAAUAUCAGUUGGAAAAAAGUUUUUGUAGCUGACCUUGUUUUGUUGCAUCAAAAGGUGUAAGAAAAGGGAAGGAAAAUAAUGACACUGAAUUUUGUAGUAUAAAUCUUUUUUCUUUACUUUUACAUAAGAUUUAAAUGAAAUGAAGGCUAGAUUAAUGGGUUAUUAUGGUAGUACCUCAGGGUAACAUUUCAUUUGUAGGUUCUCAGGACAUUUAGUGCUACUAACUAUAAUGUUUAUAAUUUAAACUUUUAAAUACUUGAAUUGAUAUAAAAUUAAGUGAGUAUUAUAAAUGACUUGGUGUAAUUUUAGGCCGCUAAUGUAUUAUUUGAUGAGAUUGGCUGACGCAUUUUGAUUUUAGUUUUAUUUUUGUAAAACAAUGUUAAAAGAAUGACUCUAAUUGUUUUUCUCAUUUUAUAACACUGAAAUAAUUAAAUAAUGCACUUUAUUAUGUUGAAUUAAAGCUGUCCUCCCAAUUAA